GCAAGAGGGGGACAGCGGAGGGACAAGCCUUAAGCUAACUCUCCCAUGAAGAUGUCUGGAAUUUUUUAGGCGGAAGGAGGGGGGGUGUCAGCACACAGGCGCCAGCCUCAUCACUGCCCAUGUGCGCGUGCUUCUUGCAUUUGGUGUUUAGAAAAUGAUGUCUGGCCAGCUCUUAGGUGGAGAUUUUAUUCUGAUUAAGUUGGCGGGGUAGGGAGGGCAGUUCCAACCUGGAGGGAGCUUGGAAGGAAGCAAACCAGGGUAGAAGAAAGUUCCAGACAGGUGCCACACGCAGCUCUAGCUGGCGGUGGUUUUGAGACCGUUUUUGGUUGGUGAGGUUUCUUUCUCGGUCUGUGCCAUUUCCCAGCCAGCAGUGCAGGUCUCUUCCUGAGGGCACUUUAGUUCCCCAAUUCUUUGACUGCCUGGAAUAUAGGAGUUCUUAACGGGAAAGAGCCUCUUCUGUAACUGAUUGGGGUUGAUGGUGGAAGGGGGUUGGAAACCUCUCUCAACCUGAUUAAUUUAAAAUUUGGUGAAAGCUGGAGCUCUUAGAGAUGUGAGCACCGGGGAGCUUAAAUUAGCAUUAACUACCUGAAACCGGCAAGUCUGGUUCAUGAGAUGUGUGAAAAAUGAGCUGUAAGAGAGAUACUCAGGGUUUCAAGAGGGAUGGAACCAGGGGUGCUGGGGAGGGCGGCUCGGGUUGCCGUCUGGUCACCAGUGACUGUUACUCUUCCCAACUUGGCAGAACCAGCCACUGUUCAUAGCUCUCUUGGCUAUUGACUUGACAUUGGCCAGUGGUGUUACCCAGUUGCUACAUGCAGACCCCACCGUCCACAGCUCCAGAGGGUCAGGAGUUCUCCUUGUUGUCUGAGACUAUAUUUGCAAGGACCUCAGGGGCACGUGGAGUUGAUCAGGGCUGCCCUGGGUCAACUGUGUGACCAGUUUGCUGAGAAUAGGGAGUCGGCAGGCCUCUGCAGGUCCUGCGUUCCCAGCACUGUUCUGCCAUCUUACAGGGAUGGCGCCUCUGGGCUGCAUAUAACUGUGCUCUAAGACACCUCAUUUCCAGCAUCACCACAGCAAAUACACGUUAUCCAUGCAAGAGUAAGCUGUUUCUGAUCAGUUCCCAAAGACCAGAGGCUAGUGAGGUGUGAGCUGUGCUUCACAGGAUACCCAUCCCUCGGGCGCAAACUGGCAUCGAAGAUUCUCCAGGUGCAGGUGUGCAGAGUCCCAGUGACACCCUGGGAAAGUUGCUCAGGGUCUGGCAGCUAGUGGAGAGAGGUCCCUUCCAUUGGAAGAGAGACUCUUCAUCAGAAGGCGUAAAAUCAAAGACCACAGACUAGCAGUAACAGAAUGGCAAAUCAGGGGCCUUGGAAGGUAACCCCAAACGAGACGAGGUGCAUACUUGGUCAGGGACCGUCUCCUGGCAUCCAGGAGGUUUGCAGCACCUCCCUUUAUUGUCCUAGAGUCUCCCUUGUCUUUGCCACCAGAGGUCUUGGCAGCUGGCAUGUUCCCAACCCUGAGCCAUUGAGUCCAGAGCAGAAAAGUACAACUGGCUGCAGGGUUGGCCUUGGUUUUUGAGUUUGUCCUCUUGAGUUAUUCCCUAACUUCCACAUGCUUUGAAGUCUUAUGUAGACCGAGAGGCCCCAGGGCCCUAGCCUCGCCAUAUUUGGGGUUUUUCUCGUCAAAGGCAGCCUGUUCCUUCCAUCUCCGGCUCUUCCCUCUAAGAGUCCCAUGUAAAAAUUUAGCUAGCUUGCCUGUUCCCCUGGAGACCUCAGUUGGCACCUAGUUUGCCGGGGCUGGCAGCCAGGAUCCAUGAGUUAGGACAGAUUAGAUCCAGGAGUUAGGACAGAUUCCAGAUGUGGCACCUUCCACAUGGACACUUGGGAUUUAUUGGGGGAAGAACUUAGCACUUUAUCCUACCAGAAGUUGAGCUUUUUAGGGGAGGGCCUCCCAGGUGGCACUCAGCUGACCUGGGGGUCAGUCCUGGAGAUACGUAGCCAACUGGGCUAGAUAGUUUAGUGUAGGGAGGCCACUGGGCUACACCUUUAAGAUAACUGGGGUGCUUCCCGGGCUACUGUCCAGCAACACUGGGGUUUUAUUUAUUUAUUUAUUUGUCUGUUUGUUUGUUUAUUUAGGUGGGCUGGAGCGAUAGAGCAGCAGGUAGGGCGUUCACCUUGCAUGUGGCCGACCAGGGUUUGAUUCCUCCGCCCCUCUUGGAGAGCCCGGCAAGCUACCAAGAGUAUCCCGCCCGCACAGCAGAGCCUGGCAAGCUACCCGAGGUGUACUCGAUAUGCCAAAAAUAGUAACAGCAAGUCUCACAAUGGAGAUGUUACUGGUGCCCGCUUGAGCAAAUUGAUGAGCAACAGGAUGACAGUGACAGUUAUUUACUUGGGUUUGGGGACCCCACCCAGAAGUAUUCAGGAGUUAGUCUUGGCUCUAUCCUCUGGAGUGACUCCUGGCAGUGCUCUGGGAAUCAUGUGGCCUGGGCAUCUAGCUGAGCUCAGCACAAGUGCUGCAAGUCCCUUUUCUCCUGAAUUCUCUCUCUGGCCCGUGAAUAGAGCUUUCAGUUUCAGCAGCUGAAUCUUGCUGAGUCUGAGGCAGUCAAUAGAUGAAUUUUUUUUCCCACUGAAAAGCAAAGAGCCUUGAGAGGCUGGGUGAGGGGAAUACAGAAAAAGGUACCUCUGGUCAGGAAUAGUGAACCUGCCCACCUGCACGUUGUGUGUCAUGAGCUGCCUGGAGAUUCUCCACAGCCCGCUGUUUGCAGUGGGUUUCUGCAUGGGGAGGCCCACGGCCAAUCAUUUCCAAAGCUGCCACCUGAUCCCUCUCAAGGCGCCGGGUUUCAGAGAGUGAAUUUCCUCCAUGGGAAGUCACCCCCAGGCUUCAGGUCUUUACAGGUGAGACAUUCCUUGCUGGGUCUGGGACCAAGUCCCAGAUAGCCGGGUCUCUGAUUUUGGACCAGGUCAGGAAGAGUUGUGGUUCCACGUGCGCUCUCCUGUGUCUGCAGCGGUGGGAUUUGUGUUGUUGGUAAUCACCGCUUGCACUUCUUGCUUUCCUAAGGCGAUGGCUGCUCCUAGCUUGCUAAGAAGGCCCCUCCCACACAGGUCAAGAAUGAAUUCCAAGCAAUUUCUAAAACUCUUUCAUCAAUCUUACCUUUAGUUGACUUAGCCUCGGAAAAUCUCAUUGGAUCUUCACUAGAUGAAACAGUAACUGACACUUUUAAGACCUCUAACCAUCAAAAAGUAUUAGGGAUGAAAAUCUAAGAUACAUUCCUACCACUUUAAGGAAGUUUUGGUGUGAGCAAACAGUCUAGCAGAUCAGCUUCUUUCUUUGAUUAUCAAGGCACUAACUCAGCUGAGGAGAAUGCCUUUAUAGCAGUGUUUUUUUUACAUGAGUCUCACCUAUAUUACAUAUGUCUCACAGGAAAAUCAAAUCUGUGAGUCACAAUGAACAUUCUUUUAAAAGAGUAAAAUAUAAAACAUCAGAGUACACCAGUCUUUUGCCAGCAUCUUGCACAUUGCAAGGAAUGCUAAGGUCAAUUUUAUUACGUGAGAAAUAUGAUUGAUGGAGGGAAUUUAGAAUAUGUAUUGAUUAUGAAACUUUCAGUGAUUUGAUCACUGGAGUCUGGUUUUUAUUAUAACAAGGAUGAGUUGCAGUCUAGUUUUAUUUCACAUUUGCAACUAAAUGUGAAGUCUGAGGUAUUCAACUGUGAUUUGGUUACAAACUGCAUUUUUUAAGAAAGAUGUUAUCUAGGAUAUAUACAUAUACUUUUGAAUCAAUGGCAAUUAUAAAACCUUAUUUCAUGGCAUUCUAAUCAGCUGGUACAGAUUACCUUUAAAAUGGAUUCUUUCUUUAAUAAAAAAAAGAGAAAUAAUGAAGUGAAAUAUGCAGAAGCAUGUUCAAGUUCAACCAUUGGAUCUGGAAGUGUGCCUGAUGAAAAUAGUGAGAAAAAUAUUGGCUCUAAUAUGCAAAUGUCAACUUCAUUUGAGCCACAUUUUAAGAAGAAAAAGGCAAAUAUAAGACGUUACAAUGAAGAUUAUUUAAAAUAUGGUUUUAUUAAGUGUGAGAAACCCUUUGAAAAUGACAGACCUCAGUGUAUUAUUUGUAAUAACGUUCUUGCAAAUGAAAGCUUAAAACCUUCAAAAUUGAAAAGGCAUUUAGAAACACAGCAUGCUGAACUUAUUGAUAAGCCUCUUGAAUAUUUUCAAACAAAGAAGAAAGACAUAAAGUUAGCAACACAAUUUGUUAGCUGUUCUCCUGCUGUUAGUGAGAAUGCCUUACUAUCAUCAUAUUUAGUGGCAUACCGUGUGGCAAAAGAGAAAAUGGCUCACACCACUACUGAAAAGAUCAUUCUUCCAGCAUGUUUGGAUAUGGUACGUACAAUCUUUGAUGAUAAAUCAGCUGAUAAAUUAAAAACCAUACCUAGUGAUAGCACAAUAUCUCUCCGAAUUUGUACUAUUGCCGAACAUUUGGAAACAAUGCUUAUCACUCGGUUGCAGUCUGGUAUAGACUUUGCCAUCCAGCUUGAUGAAAGCACUGAUAUUGGAAACUGCAUAACACUUCUAGUAUAUGUCAGAUACGCAUGGCAAGAUGAUUUUAUGGAGGAUUUUUUGUGUUGUUUAAAUUUGACCUCACACCUAAGUGGAUUUGAUAUUUUUGUGGAAUUAGAAAAACAUAUUGUUGGACAGCAUAAGCUGAGCUGGAAAAACUGCAGAGGAAUAACAAGUGAUGGCACAGCAAGCAUCACUGGAAAACAUAGCAGAGUAAUUAAGAAGUUGCUCGAAGUUACUAACAAUGGUGCUAUGUGGAAUCAUUGCUUUAUACAUCGUGAAGCUUUAGUGUCCAGAGAGAUUCCACCAAAGCUCAUGGAAGUACUGAAAAAUGCAGUGAAAGUUGUUAAUUUUAUUAAAGGAAGCUCACUGAAUAGCCAGCUACUUGAAACCUUCUGCUCGGAGAUUGGAACGAAUCAUACCCACUUACUGUAUCAUACCAAAGUUCGGUGGUUGUCUCAUGGGAAAAUACUAAGCAGGGUUUAUGAACUCAGGAAAGAGAUACACAUUUUUCUCAUUGAAAAAAAAUCUCAUUUGGCAAGUAUUUUUGAAGAUGACAUUUGUGUCACGAAAUUAGCAUACUUAACUGAUAUUUUUGGCAUUCUUAACGAACUGAGUUUAAAGCUACAGGGGAAAAAUAAUGAUAUAUUUCAACACAUAGAGCGUAUCCAAGGAUUCCGGAAGACAUUAUUGCUCUGGCAAGCGAGACUUAAAAGCAGUCGUCCUAGCUAUUACAUGUUUCCAAGGUUUCUGCAACACAUUGAGGAGAAUAUUAUUAAUGAAAAUAUUUUGAACGAAAUAAAAUUAGAGAUACUGUUGCAUCUUACUUCUCUAUCUCAAACGUUUAAUCAUUUCUUUCCAGAGGAGAAAAUUGAGACAUUGAGGGAAAACUGUUGGGUAAAAGAUCCAUUUGCUUUUCGAAACCCAGAGUCAAUAAUUGAGUUAAACUUGGUGCCUGAAGAAGAGAAUGAAUUAUUGCAGCUUAGUUCUUCAUAUACAUUGAAGAAUGAUUAUGAAACGUUAAAUUUAUCUGCGUUUUGGAUUAAGAUAAAGGAAGAUUUUCCUUUGUUAAGUAAAAAGAGUGUCCUCUUAUUAUUACCAUUCACAACAACUAGUUUGUGUGAGCUAGGGUUUUCAGUUUUCACCCAAUUAAAAACAAAGGAAAGAAAUGGAUUGAAUGGUGCAGCAGAUAUGCGGGUAGCAUUAUCUUCCUGUGCUCCUGACUGGAACGAGCUUGUAAACAGACAAGAACAUCAUCCCUUUAAAUCAGUCUGACUCGGUAUUUGGUUUUGGUAUAACUGAUUUUGUGAUAAUUUUCUGUUCUAUUUAAGUGUUCAUAUCACAUUCUGUACAAAUGUUUUGCUUUGUGUUAUAUUUAAAUACAGAUAAAAUAAUGUAAUUUGUUCAUUGAAUAAAAAAUUUAAUGAACUAUGAGGAUGUUUGUGAUGCAAAAGGAUCAUUCUGUGGUGAAGCUUAUGGUCUGUGUAGGAAGAGAGACAGCAGUGUGAUACUAAAGAGUUAAUAAAUGCUCUAGAAAGAGUUCUAAUAAAAGAGAUCAGGAGAGAAUUUGGGAACCAAGUAACUCAUGAAACACUUUGUAGGGUGUCUGGCUUUUUGUAUGUGAAGUGGAGAGUCCUGAUCUAAAUAAGGUCUUGGAAGACUCACUUCUAGGAAGUGGAGAGAUUGUACAGUGGGGAGGGCUCUUACAUAGCACUCAAGUCAACCUGGGUUUGAUCCCCGCCACCUCUUGUGGUCCCCUGAGCCCAGCCAGGAAUGAUCUGAGUGUAGAGCUAGAAAUAAGACCUGAAUACUGGCAGCUGUAGCCAGAAAAAAAUUCUUUUUUCUUUUUUUUUAACGGCAGUUGUGCUGCAUUAAGUGACUUCUGUAAAGAAAUCUUUAACCUGCUUAUAUAGUACAUCCACUAUUCUUCCUUUCAGAUUUGCUUUAUACCUUUCAGCGUCUGUACUACAAACAAUACUGCCUAAAAUGAGAGAGAGAGGAGAGGUACCUACCAUAAAGAC